GAUCAAUCAGGAUAUUAGCAAAUGAUUACUGUAUUUAAGAAAUUUUCUAAAUUUAAUGUAUAUUAAAUUGGUAUGAUAUAAUUAUGGAUAGUAAAUUAUUUCUCGGAACAUGGAAAGUUUCGAAAGCAAAUGCUUCAAAUGGAUUAGAUGUUAUUCUAGAAAGUGUAAAGUUUAGCUUGGAUGAAGCUGGUGACGUUAUAUUCUUUGUUAAUGAUUAUAUGUUGGGAGCGUGGGAUAAUCCAAAACAAUCAACAGAAACUUCUCUACCUCUAUUAGAAUGUGAUUCUUAUGAAAUAUGUAAUUUUGAUGGAAUACAGCGGAUAGAAUUUUCUAAAGAUGAGAAAUUUGUAACAGAUUUUAUUAUACAAAAAGGCACAUUUGAUGAUUGCUUUUCAAUAACAAGUCAAUCUCCAUCAUGUACUUUAUUCUGCACAAAAUUACCAGAGCGCCCUGUAUGCUAUCAGACAUCAGAACAGCCUUUUUCAUUCGUUACAGCUUUUCAGGAAGAAUUCUUUUCUGAUUUAACAAUUAUUGCUGAUGAUAAUACAAAGUUUAAUGUACACUCCGUUGUCUUAAGACUAUCCGGUCUUUGUGGAAAUGCUAAUAGAUUUAUAAGCCUUGAUGGACUAUCAUCGCCUGUUUUGAAAACUAUUCUUCAUUGGGCAUAUUGUAAUUGCUUACAUAGUGAUAUAUCAAUAGAUGUUUGCCAAGAGAUUAUAAAAUUAGCAGAAAAGGCUCCAGUUCUGACGUCAUUAGCAGAAAGCUGCAAGAUGUUCAUAACUAACAUGGAAAUAAAAUAUCGUAUAGAGAGUAUUAUUAUGGAUAUGUAUAUAUGUCUUACGCAAUGUAUAGAUAAUUUAACAUGCAAAGACUCACAGACACCUAUUCAAUUGUGUCACGCAUUCAAAAAUGGAAUGAAAGAAAUUGCAAUAGCUUGUGCUCAUUUUCUAGAACUUUGUUUAGAUUUAAAAAUCAACUGCAACAAUUUGCAUACGUUGGACAGACAUGCAAUAUUACGAUAUGCUUUUAAUUUAUUUCCUACAUUUGUCAAAUUAUUAUACAAGGGCUUAAAAUGCGCAUGGGACUCGUUCAAAACAUUAUCACCUUCUCAUAAACAAGAGCUCGCUCAGUAUGUUAUUCCUGAGAUUGAGGGUUUCCUCAACAGUUUUACAACAGUUUUUGCACAUGCCAAACUGGCUGUGGAGAAAUUAAUUGAAAUUGUUGAAGCAGAGUCAACAUCUGAAGGCGCAAGCAGGUCUAAAGUUAUUUCUCGAAAUAAAUGUGAUUAUGGAUAUAAUGAAUUGACUAUAUUGAAAAUACUUCACAGCAAAAUUACUUACUUAAUGCUUUAUGGAAUUGAUAAAAGGGAAUGUUUUGAUGAAAUGAGUCAAAAUGAGCAGUACAGAGCAGUCACACACAAUUUUGAUAUGAUUAGUGAAGAGUUUCCAUUAUUUAUUGUAAGACUUCAAGAAGUUAUUUCUACUUUGGAUGAUAAAUAUGACCCAUAUGAAUUUAAUUUUGGAUUCAAAUUGACUACUACCACAGUGGCUGGAAUAUUGCAAAGAAUAAUUACAAAUGUGGAUAUUGCAGAAAAACUUACUGAACAGAUGUGCUUUAUAAUGCAAAGGGAGAGAUUCACACAAAUUAUGAAAUCCUUAGGCAUUCUGAAACCAAAACUCGAGAGUAAGGAUAAUGACUCAACAAGCAAUAUGUUGUUUGAAAGCUCUUCAAAAACAAGCUGGUCCGGAAAUAGAAAUAAAAAUCAACCAGAAUUAAACUGCCAAUUAGUUUUAGGUGAAUAUUUGCUUACCUCUCCAAGCUCCGAUCAUAGCAUGUUAGCUAGAAAAAUUACUAGGUUAUUAUACAAUGAGAUGCACACAGACAUGGAGUUUAUAAUAGUCUCUACGAGGGAAGAUAAGUCUCCUUUAUCAGAAAUUCCCUGUCCUAUAGAAUCAAAUUUAAAUUCACCAGAAGCCAUUGUAAUAUAUGCACACCGUGUUAUUGUAGCUGCCAGAUGCCCUUGGUUCCGGCGAGCAUUACUGUCUGGAAUGAUUGAAGAUAGAAACAGAAAAAUAGUGAUAUAUGAUACAAGUCCAAACGUUUUCAAAGAGUUUUUGCAUUAUUUAUAUGGAAAUGGUGUCAGCCAAACUUGUAUUUCGAAUCAGGAUGCAUUAUCAGAACUAAUGUUAUUAGCAGAUCGUUAUGAAGUGGAUGAACUAAAGAAAAUAACAGAAUUUAUAUUAAUCACUGGAGUGGAUGACGAUUCAGCUAUUUUCUUGCUAAGCAUUUCAGAUCAAAUUAAUGCAGAGGCUUUAAAAGCAACUUGUUUAGAAUAUAUAGCUAUUAAUCCUACUUUGAUGAACAGUGAUCUAUUCAAAAAGUUGUCUGAAGAUUUGCAGAAUGAAACCGCGGAAUUUGUAAAAUGGAAAACACCUUCACGAAGGGCAAAUAAAUUUAGAGACAGAAUGCCUUGUAUGCCACCUUCUCCACCUAGAUGUACACGCUCAGAUAGCAUGAAUAUGCAAUCGCAAGUUCAAGAAAGGGACACUUUUGGAGACUUAGAAGAAAUGAUGUUACACGGAGACCACUCUUCUAUUCUCUCAUUGGAUUCCCUUAGUAAUGAUUCCGACGAACAUUUGGAGUCCUGUUUGGCUUUAAUUCGCGAUAUCGUAGGAGAUGCUCCGAGCAAUGAGACUCUUAUUAGAGUCAUAUUAGCCGCCGACUACGACAUAAACAGAGCAGUAAACUUCUUUUACAGCGAAUAAAUAAGUGGAGGUAAGAAAAAAUUAAUUUUGGUUAAUAAUCGGAGAUUCCAAUGGCAUUUGAGAUAUUUCAUUUAAAAGCGCCGCAAGGAAAGGUUAUACUUGAUUAUACUUAUGUUAAAUUGAAUUUCCAUCGUAAUCUAGUUCUCAAAAAUGCUAUUUUGAUCAAAGAAAUUCUUUAAAAAUUUAUAAAAUUUUAUUUUAAUAACACGUUUAAUAGUAUUAACGCUAAUUUCUAACUAAUUUUAA